AUGCCCAAAUCAGGAUAUGCAGGGAGGUCGGCCCUUGUGCAGGGUGAAAAUCAGCACCAUGACAGUGAAAGACAACCUCCUGGCGGCUGGUGGUUUCCAUGGGGAGCAGAUCUGCAAUGCAUCCCACCGCCGAUCCAUAUCCAGAUCAGCUGCGUCGCCGGUGCCGGUUCUACACAUAGGCCAGGGGAAAUGACUACCAUUCCAGGGUCUCCGGUCUGGGAGCUCGUGAAGAAGAACAACUACUUCUUGAUCAAGCAGUUCGGCAACAACACCAAGGUGCAGUUCAGCAAGGAGCCCAACAACCUCUACAAUGUCCACUCCUACAAGUUCUCGGGCUUGGCGAACAGCAAGACCGUGGCGGUCCAGCCAUCAGCGGGAGAGGACAAGGCUGUUGUCCUAUCCACGACCAAGACCAAGAAGCAGAACACCCCUGCCAAGCUCCAGCACAAGACUCUGAUGCGCAAGGAGUUCCACAAGAUGACCAAGUCUGUCAAGAACCAAGUAUUAACUCCAGAGUUUUGUACUUGA